AUGCAGAAAAGAAAGGCAGGCGAGAUGCUUUUGCCUCAAUCCGGUCCACCGCCAGGGCUAGUACCGAUUGGAAGCGACAUUUGGGCAAUAAACAAGACUUCACGCAACGUUGUCAAGGAAGAAGUUCUAGCCAGAGUCAACUGGCACGCGGUGGAAACCAUCUAUCCACCGGGUGGCCCAAAAUUCGUGCAAUACCUGGGGAAUGCCUAUCUCGGAGGGUAUUAUCUGAUCAGGAGACUGGUGCUUGACGAUGGGACCAGUAUUGUCGUCAAAAUACCCCGGUUCGAUCGGCGUGACAUAGAUUGGAUAAUGAUGACCGAGGUAUCUACCAUGAAGUACUUGAAAGAGAGGAGCAGUAUUCCAGUUCCUAAGUUGCAUGCGUGGCAUUUUACUUCGCAGAACAAGGUCGGGGCACCAUACAUGAUAAUGGAAUAUAUACACAGCACAAAUGCGCAAGAAAUGCAGAGACUCCUGAUGCAGAGAGUCCUGAGAGGCCAUUUGACUAAUUUCGAACUGGGCGAGCUAAAUACGAGCUUCCGUCAGCAAAUGGCCACGAUCCAGGCCUGGUUCGGAUACUGCAAUUUCCCCAGGAUUGGCAGCCUAUACAUGAAUUCAGAAUCCAGCGAGUGGAUGGUCGGGCCAGAGGCGUCUUCCGGUAAAGGCCCCUGGGCCCGCGAAGAAGAUUAUGCCGACGAACUCCUCGACAGGAUGGCAGCAGCUCAAAGCGGCGAAGACAAUCUAGCGAUCUGUGAAACUGACAAGGAAGCUUUGCGCAAAUUAGUGUCGAGUGCGCACAGCAAAAGACGAGUUCUCCGCCUGUGCGAUGAACGCUUCCAGCUUACAAUACCAAAUUUUGGGCCAAAAGAUAUCUUGGUCAACGGCAACUUGAAAAUUCUAGGCCUUGUUGGCCUUGAUCGUGUGAUGGCGUUGCCGCGAGGAAUGGCUGGACAGUUCCCUUUUUUUUGCGAGAUGGAUCGGCACAUCAAAAAUACCUACGAACUUACCUUUAUGAGCAUCAUUGGAAAAUCAGAGGGAGCAGAGUGGCCCCUCCAGGCUAAUAUAAACGCUAUACGCCAGCAAGGGCAGUACCGGGAAGUAAUGAACAACAGAGAACUUAUGUUGAUGCCUCAGGAGGCUGCCAGCCUUUGGCUGGGGACUGUGAAGGCGGCUGUGUGCCAGGGCCUGUUACAAUUUAACCAACCACGGUUAGGCAUAAUACAAUUCUCCGGAACGAGGACAACGGAGCUCAAGAAAUGGCACAAAAUCAUUCUGGAUCUGCUUAGGAAAUUUGGAGACGCCCCAGAGACUUCCUUGGAUCUGGCUGCCGAGAUUGCACCUUUCGACCUGAGUUGA